CCUUGUGAAGGACUACAAACUUCGGCCAAACUACAUGCGUCUCCUUGAACAUCCUUUUAUUGUGGCGCAUGCAAACAGUCCAAAUGAUGCUUUUGCAGACUUUAUCAACUCAAAUUUACCUCCAUUACCACAGUGACGUCGAGCUCUUUUAGCAUAGUUGCCCAGUCUUUUUUAUUUUCCUUUUUUUUUUUAUUACACGUUACUAAUGUAUUAUUAGAUAUAUUAAUGAGAAUUUUUUAUUAAAUAAAGAUUUUAAUGAAUAGACAUGUUUGAAAGAGAAUCCUCUUAUGUUUUGUGUACUGUUUCAGUGUACAAAUAUCCUCCCAGGUUACUAGAGUUUAUUGUAACAUGUUUUAGGUAUUAGACCCUUGUGGUACAGAAUCCUUGAUGAUGCCACCAUUUUGGGUGAGUUGUUGAAGUUGUGCUGUCCCUGUGUAAAUAGUUUUUAGAGUAAUAAUAAAGCAGCUUUCUAAA